AUGGCCCUACGAUUCAAGACAGGAUGGAGGAGAUUUGUUCCCUUCAUAGGAUAUCACCAUGUUCUCAUGAUAUUCAUAGCCAUCGCCAUCAUCCUAUUAUCACUUCUACUCGCAGGCUGCUCCUCAACCUCCCCUCUGAUCCCGGACAUCUACCUCAUCUCCCUCUACUACCAACAAUACCCACCCGUCUUCUCCAGCGUGCAAGUCGACCCCUCCGUCACCACCGCCAUCGCAAACAUCGUCGCAGGCGCAGACCUCAACGUCCGCGUCGGCUACUUCGGCAUCUGCAUCCGCGUCGACCGCGGCGCCUGGAUGUGCAAUCAAAACUCAACCGCACUGGCUGACUUGGUUUCUGUGGAUCAAGACCCGCUCAAUCUGAUAUGGGUGGCCAGCACGUUCAAGAACGCCAUUGUGUUUCCCUACCUGCUCAUCAUCGCCGUGGUGCUGGCGUUCCUGACGUUUGUGCUUCUCGCGACAUUCCCCGGCUGGCAUACCAGCACCGGACCCGAUGGAUCGGAGCACGAAGUCCGACCAUUCCCCUCACGAGCUGUCUCCCAGGUGGCGUUGGCAACGAUAUUCAUCUCCUCGGUGUUUGUGCUUGUCAGCGUCAUGUGGCAGCACACUGCGGCCGUGGCGGCGAGCACGGUCGCACAAGACCUAGGGAAUGGGAGUGUCAAGUCCGGCGUUGGCACGGCGGCCAUGGUGCUCGGGUGGUUUGGCUUUGGAUUGCUCGUCGUCGUGACGUUGGGGCUGUUGGUCAUGAUAUUGAGUAUUCAAUUACUAGACCGGUUGACUGAUGAGGUAUGA